CCUCUGUCCGAGAUUAUGUGAAAGAAAUGUCAACAUCACAUCAGCAGCUGCCCCAUAAAUUGUGUUAAAUUAAUAUAGAUCUGUAAAACUGAUACGUGAUUUUAUAUAAUUUGUUGUAUUUAAGUUAUAUAUGGGUACUUCAAUAGCUGUCAAAAUGUCUAAACGCCUGCCAGUGACUUUAAAUGACAUUCUAAAGGCACAGAGCAGAAUAAAAAAUCACACCCAUACAACACCUGUGUUCACAAACUGCACUUUUGAUCAAAAGUAUUGUAGGAAUUUCUACUUUAAGGGAGAAAACUUGCAGAAGACUGGGUCAUUUAAAGCGAGAGGUGCUCUCAAUGCGGUAACAGUACUUCAAGAGGGUGGAAAUCCUGUGCCAGGCGUGGUAACUCACAGCAGUGGUAAUCAUGGUCAGGCCUUGGCCUGGGCCGCCAAGAUGAGAGGACUAAAGUGUGCAGUGAUUUGUCCAAACAACUCACCAGCUGUAAAACUUGAAGCUAUUCAGGGUUAUGGGGCAGAAAUUGUGAUGUGCGAACCAACACCUACUUCAAGACAGCAGACAUGUGACCAAGUAUCCAAGGACAAAGGCUAUCAUUUCAUUCCGCCUUAUGAUCAUAAUGAUGUCAUAGCGGGACAGGGCACAAUAGCAUUAGAGUUCCUGGAGCAGGUACCAGAACUGGACGCAAUCCUUGUACCAACCAGUGGCGGUGGGAUGGUGGCAGGAAUAGCUAUAGCAGCUAAAUCUAUAAAACCUGAUAUAAAAGUAUUCAUUGUAGAGCCUCAGGGAAAAGAUGUUGAGAGAUGUUUAACUGCAGGUGAAAGGUUAUGGCCAAACCCACCUAGAUUUCUCAACACGAUAGCAGACGGCAUCAGACUCCAGCAACUUGGUCAUGUGACUUGGCCGAUUAUUCUUGAGCUGGUUGAAAAACAAGUCUUCUCUCAGACCAAUGAGGAAAUAAUGCAAGGAAUGAAGUUCUGUUUUGAAAGGAUGAAGUUAGUGAUAGAAGCUGCCUCUGGAGCUGGUAUAGCAGCAGCCAUGUCUGACAGGAUGAGAAAUAUGGAUGACAGUAUUCAGAAUGUGGGCGUGAUCCUGUGUGGGGGUAACACUGAUAUUGACCAUCUGCCAUGGUAUAGUUCCUAGCCAAAAAUGCUGACCCCAGAAGACUUCUGGACAUUUACAGAUUUAUUUAGAUAUUACUCUUUCAAACACUUUAUUGUUGACGACAGCUGAUUUUAAGAACUCCUGCAAUCUGUUAUUGAAUGUAAAGGUCUUUAUAACAGUGCAAUGUUCACAUCAUUCUUGUUGUGUUACAUUAAUUAGAUACUACAUUGUAUUCAGAUGAAAGUUUAAUGUUGUUUUAAGGUUAGCUCCCUCUGGCUUCAUGCCAUGUAUAUGCAAAAAAAAUGAGUAUUAAAAGAAGUUUUGAAACUUCAGUAUAUAGCCAAAAAUAUUCAUGAAAUCCUUUUUACUGAUAUAAAGAAAUGUACACUAUGUAAUGUUAAUCAAAAUGUAUUUUAUUUACCAUAUGUUUAACCAGUAUUAUGACCAGAACUGUAUGAUUGAAGUGCUAGGUUUUAAGAUAGUUUAGCACAUUAGGAUUGAAAUAUAUUCUACAAUGAUGUUUUUGGCCUAGUCCUGAAUUUUCAAAGCAGCAUGGUGUAAUGGAUUGUGUGCUUGAUUUUGAUUUGCUAAACUGACUUUAAAAAAUUGCACUUGAAGCAAAAUUUCAUCUUACGAGAAAAUAACAGUUUUUGGUGACAUCUUACAUGUAAGAAGUCAUUAGGUGAAACUUUACACGGUUGUAAAUUUAAAUAUUUUCUAUUGAAUUAUAAAAUGAAAUGCAUCGAUCCUUGUGCUAAUUUUUAUGCCCCCGAAGGGAGGCAUAUAGUUUUUGAACCGUCUGUCUGUCUGUCGGUCUGUCAGUCUGUCGGUCUGUCCGCAAUUUUCGUGUCCGGUCCAUAUCUUUGUUAUCGAUGGAUGGAUUUUCAAAUAACUUGGCAUGAAUGUGUACCACAGUAAGACGACGUGCAGUGCGCAAGACCCAGGUCCGUAGCUCAAAGGUCAAGGUCACACUUAGACGUUAAAGGAUAGUGCAUUGAUGGGCGUGUCCGGUCCAUAUCUUUGUCAUCGAUGGAUGGAUUUUCAAAUAACUUGGCAUGAAUGUGUACCACAGUAAGACGACGUGCAGUGCGCAAGACCCAGGUCCGUAGCUCAAAGGUCAAGGUCACACUUAGACGUUAAAGGAUAGUGCAUUGAUGGGCGUGUCCGGUCCAUAUCUUUGUCAUCGAUGGAUGGAUUUUCAAAUAACUUGGCAUGAAUGUGUACCACAGUAAGAUGACGUGUCAUGAUCCAGGUCCGUAGCUCAAAGGUCAAGGUCACACUUAGACGUUAAAGAUCAUUUUUCAUGAUAGUGCAUUGAUGGGCAUGUCCGGUCCAUAUCUUUGUCAUUCAUGCAUGGAUUUUAAAAUAACUAUGCAUGAAUGUGUGACACAGUAAGACGAUGUGUCGCGCGCAAGACCCAGCUCCGUAGGUCAAAGGUCCUAAACUCUAACAUCGGCCAUAACUAUUCAUUCAAAGUGCCAUCGGGGGCAUGUGUCAUCCUACGGAGACAGCUCUUGUUUCUAGAUAUUUUUGCUUCAUCACAAAGAUAAUAAAAUUGCAUGCAGGUGUUAAGAACUAAUUUCAUGUGCCAAAAUUUUUGUUCAUGUAUAGAAUGUUUAGAAAGAUAGAAAUGUUUUAAUGGUUUAAUGAUUUUACACAAGGUUUGCCAUUUCUAUGUAGUUUAAUUUACAUUUCUAUAAUGCCUGAUCCAGGCUUACCAUCACUUCUGGUGUGCAGAACUAUCUGGAGAGGUGCAAGAUAUAUUAUUCUAUGAAUUGUACUUAUUAUUCCAAGAAUUAUACAUAUUGUCAUGAAUUAUACAUAAUGGAUUAUACAAUUUUUUCUUAAAACUAGACAUAUUAUUCCAGUAAUUGUUAACAUUUGAAAUUUAUCCCUUUACUAAAUUUGAAAUGGUGCUAUUUAUUUGCCAUAUAUUAUGUACGUUAUGUAAAUAUAGAGGGUUGAAUGUGAAAGAAGUGCAUAUAGAUAAUGCUGCACUCAGACUUCUUUCGCAUGCAUCCCUCGAUAUAGUAAUAAAAUAUAAUAUAAACACUUGCUCAAAAUGAGAUUUUUCCAUAAUUAAUAGGGCAUUUUGUUGACGUUAGGAUUUGUGUGUGUAAAAAUUGAUACAUGUAGGUGAACACCUCUUCUAGACAAUUAAUGUAUUCGUAAUAAAGGCGACAAAUGCAAUUUUUAGCAUUUUUGCUACUUUUUCAACCAGUCACGUGUCAGACAUUGUAAACAUUUUCAAGUAUUUAUUCCUAUAUAGUGACAUGAAAGUAUCGAUCAUUUCACCAAAACUGAGCAUUUUUCAGAAUAUGACCUACUUACUGCAUAGAAAAAGUAGAAAAAAACAUUCCGUCAGAUAGAGGCUAACAGAUGAAAUUUUCAGUAUUUAGAAACCAAGGUUAGUAACUGUUCUAAACUUCCUGUUUGGUUUCUUCAUGCUGAAAAUUUCACUUCAUAAGCCUUUGUCCUGUAUUAGUUUGAAUAUCUGGAUAGAAUAGUAAAAUUAUGCACAGUACACUGUGAGAUCAUUAAUUCAUGUGGGGGACUAAUUUUUUUUUUGAUUAUUGUUUGGUCACUCCUAAAAUUAAGUCUUAAUGAAUAAGAAAAUCUUUCAUUCAUUUCAUAUAUUUAAAUCCACAUAUUCAUGGCCAUUUGAAACACCAAAACAGGCAUUUUUGCUGAAACCACAAAAUUUUACUCACAAAAUUAAAAUAUUGAUUUCACUAUAUUGAUUUUUAUGCCCCCGAAGGGAGGCAUAUAGUUAUUGAACCGUCUGUUGGUCUGUCCGCAAUUUUCGUGUCCGGUCCAUAUCUUUGUCAUCCAUGGAUGGAUUUUCAAAUAACUUGGCAUGAAUGUGUACCACAGUAAGACGACGUGUCGCGCGCAAGACCCAGGUCCGUAGCUCAAAGGUCAAGGUCACACUUAGACGUUAAAGGUCAUUUUUCAGGAUUGAUUUUCAAGUAACUAUGCAUAAAUGUGUGGCACAGUAAGACGACGUGUUGCGCGCAAGACCCAGGUCUGUAGCUCAAAGGUCAAGGUCACAUUUAGACGUUAAAGGUCAUAUUUCAUGAUAGUGCAUUGAUGGGCGUGUCCGGUCCAUAUCUUUGUCAUUCAUACAUGGAUUUUAAAAUUAUUGGGCAUGAAUGUGUACCACAGUAAGACGACGUGUCGCGCGCAAGACCCAGGUCCGUAGCUCAAAAGUCAAGGUCACACUUAGACGUUAAAGGUCAUAUUUCAUGAUAGUGCAAUGAUGGGCAUGUCCGGUCCAUAUCUUUGUCAUUCAUGCAUGGAUUUUAAAAUAACUACGCAUGAAUGUGUGGCACAGUAAGACGGUGUGUCACGAGGAAGACCCAGGUCUAUAGGUCAAAGGUCCUAAACUCUUACAUCGGCCAUAACUAUUCAUUCAAAGUGCCAUCGGGGGCAUGUGUCAUCCUAUGGAGACAGCUCUUGUUUGAAAUACAUUGGAAUACAGUAUGUGGUUUGAUCAAAUCGGACCAAAAUUGUAACAUGGAGGUGGCUGAUACCUCUACAAUGAUAACAAAAACUGGGCAUUAUUCCUGUCAGUUACUGCUGUGUUCAAACUAAAAUUCUACUUUUUAGUUCAUUUCACAUUAUACUCCUAACAAUUGGUUGUAAUAGGCAACAGUUUUAAAAGUAUUACUUUUGUAAAAUUAGCAGUAUUCAAGAUUAUUUAUUUUAUUUUAUGCUAAUGUACUUUGGGUUGAUUGUGAAACAAGUUCUUCCACUUAUAUGAAUCACAAGACACCUCAUUCCUGAUGGUAUCUGUAACCUUCAGAGUAUGAGGGAAGAGACCAGUUUCCUUUUAAAUGCCUAGUACAAGGGCUCUUCAAAAAUAACGUAGACUUUUCUCUAGCUUUUAUAUACUUUAAUGAAGGGAAACAAGAAAUAUACCGUCAUGAUUUGCAGUCUUUCUACUAACUGCACUGCAAAUUUGACGUGAUUAUGAUCAUGCAUUCAGGAAUUACGCAUCCUCGAAAACAGUCACUUACACGGACCCGGCGCACGGCAAUCAUAUUUUAACGGCGUCGUGCCUUCAUUGUUAUGCUUUCAUUAAGUUUGCAUUAAUUUAAGAAAUAAUAUAUCUCAUCAGUGAUUUGUCACUGAAUAAAUCACUGUUUGGAGUUCAGAUGCGAAGGAAUUAUAUCGCGAGGGCGCAGCCCGAGUGAUAUAAUACUACGCAUCUAACGACAAACAGUGAUUUAUUCAAGAGCAAAUCACUAAAUGAGAUAUAUUAUUUCGAUUCUAACAGGUUACCAAGGACUUUAAAGUACAUCCUUGUUGGCAUUCAUUUAAUACUUGCCCAUUUUCAAUCGGUUUCUUUUCCAGCGUGCCGCUACGCCGUUUCACGCUAUGACGUAAUAAUUGUGACGUCAGAACAGUGAAUUGUUGUUUAAUAAUUCACUGUUUCCAGCCUUCUUUGUUAAUAGGAAAAUGAAUCGGAUCGUGUUAGAAUCAUAUUUAUAAAUUUAUUUUAUAAAUUUUCAUGAGCAAUACUUAAGUCAAAACAGGUUGUUUGGUUAGAAUACUAAAUAUGUAUGAACACUUACGACACGCAUCUCAGACAGGGUACUAAACGCGAGUACUUGGCCUUUAUCUACGGCGUCAUACAUUGGCGUUACGUCCAUUUGCAGUUUUUCCGUUUUCCCCUCGAUCUCAGCUGUUUUUAAGCAAUUCUGGACCAUUGAGAAUCGUUUAUACCACUUUAAGGUAAAGACACAGAUGACUGAUCAUGUUGUUGCGUCUGCUUCGUUGAAUUAUGAUUUGAAGUUGCUGUUCGCCAUAACUAAGCAACUGUCUUACCAUCCAUGUGAGCCGAUGACGACAUUACAUGCAUUAUAAACAGUAAUACUCACUUAGUACAAACGUUGUUUUCUUCCGUUUCCCGCGUCGGAAGGACGCCAUACUCUAAGUACAUGUCGCACUGAAUUGUUGCUGCACUGUGGCGUAUUUUUGGGCAAAAAGUGUACUUUUAGCUGCAAACAUUAGCGAUCGAAUUCAAAUCGCGACAGAUCAAAAAGCGACUGUGCCGGUUAUGCGUAGCUAUGGUAAUAAAAACAUUCAACGCACUUCGCCAAUCAGCAAAAAUGUUACAAAAAAUAUAUGACCAAAUUACAGCGAGAUUCCAAAUUACAAUGAUAUAUUUCACAUUAUUAUUUACACAAUAAGCAACAUUUGACAGCAAAAGUCUACGUUAUUUUUGAACAGCCCUCAUAGAACCUAGCAAGGAAACUGGCACUAUUUUUAGCUCACCAGAGCACAAAGUACACAAGUGGAGCUAUUGUGACUGGCCAUUGUCCAUUCAUCAUGCCUCAACAUUUGCCUUGUUAACACUCUGGAGCCCACAGUUAUGACCUAAUCUUUAUGAAGCUUGGUCAGAAUAUGUCUUGAUGAUCUCUAGGUCAAGUUCGAAACUGGGUUAUGUGGGGUCAAAAACUAAGUCAGUAGGUUAGAUCAAAGGAAAAUAUUGUUAACACUCUUGAGGUCACAUUUAUGACUAUCUUCAUGAAACUUUGUCAGAAUGUUUAUCUUUAUGACCUCUAAGCCAAGUUUGAAAUCUUGGUCAUUUGGGGUCAAAAACUAGGUCACCUGGUCAAAUCAAAGGAAAAGCUUGUUAACACCCUAGAGGCCACAUUUAUUAUCCUAUCUUCAUGAAACUUGGCCAGAAUAUUUAUCUUGAUGAUCUUUAGGCUACUUUCGAAUCUGGGUCAUGUGGAGUUAAAAACUAAGACACUAGGCAAAUUCAAAGAAGACCGCAUUUUUAGUUAAAAACUCAUGAGAAUUAGUCAGAAUGUUUAUCUUGAUGAACUCUAGGUCCAGAUUGAAUCUGGGUUAUGUGGGGUCAAAAACAAGGUCAUCCUGUCAAAUUAAAGGAAAAACCUUUUAACACUCUAGAGGCCACAUUUAUGACCCUAUCUUCAUGAAACUUGGUCAGAAUGUUUAUCUUGAUGACCUCUAGGCCAAGUUUGAAUCUGGGUCAUGUGGGUUCAAAACCUAGGUCAGAUUAAAGGAAAAUCUUGUUAGCACUCUAGAGACCACAUUUCAGGUUUGAAACUCAUGAGAAUCGAUCAGAAUGUUUUUCUUGACUGUAGGUCAUCUCUGGUGAAAAUCUAGGACACCCGGUCAAAUCAAAGAAAACCAGUGUGUGUGCAAUAGUGGCUGCAUUUUUCAAUGGAUAUUCAUGAAAUUUUGUCAGAAUGAUCUUGGUGAAAUCUAGGUCGGGUACGAAUAUGUGUUAUCUGGGGUCAAAAACUAGGUCACCUGUUCAAAUCAAAGACAAACCUUGUGUAUGCAAUAGUGGCUGCAUUUUUCAUUUGAUGUGCAUGUAACUUGGUCAGAAUGUAUGCCUCCAUGAAGUCUCGGAUGAAGUUUUAACUGGGUCACGUUAAGUAAAAACCUAGGUCACCAGGUCAAAUCAGAGAAAAAGCUUGUUUUCACUCUAGGGGCCACAUUUUUAUACGCCCGUGGCAGGCGGAUGGGCGGGCGGGCGGCGUCCACAGACUUUUUCCGGAGCAUAUCUUCUUCAUGCAUGGAGGAAUUUUGAUGAAAUUUGGCACAAUUGUUCACCAUUAUGAGAUGGAGUGUCAUGCGCAAGAACCAGGUCCUUAGGUCUAAGGUCAAGGUCACACUUAGAGGUCAAAUGUCAGAUUCAAGAAUGACUUUGUCCGGAGCAUAUCUUCUUCAUGCAUGGAAGGAUUUUGAUGUAGCUUGGCACAGUUGUUCACCAUCAUGAGGCGGAGUGUCAUGCGUAAGAACUAGGUCCCUACCUCUAAGGUCAAGGUCACAUUUAGAGGUCAAAGGAUACAAGAAUGAAAACUUUGUCCAGAGCAUUUCUUCUUCAUGCAUGGAGGGUUUUUUUUAUAACUUGUUCACCAACACGAGACGGAGUGUCAUGCACAAGAACCAGGUCCUUAUUUCUAAGGUCAAGGUCACACUUAGAGGUCAAAAGAUACAAGAAUGAAAACUUUGUCCAGAGCAUUUCUUCUUCAUGCAUAGAGGGAUUUUGAUGUAACUUGGCACAAAUGUUCACCACCACAAGACGGAGUGUCAUGUGCAAGAACCAGGAUCCUAGGUCUAAGGUCAAGGUCACACUUAGAGGCCAAAUGUCAGAUACAAGAAUGAGUUUGUCCGGAGCAUUUCUUCUUCAUGCAUAGAGGGAGUUUAAUGUAAUUUGGCACAAUUGUACACCAUCAUGAGAUAGAGUGUCAUGCGCAGGUCCCUUCUUUAGAAUUACUUCCCUUUGUUGUUACUAUAAAUAGCUUAUAUUGUAACUUUUUCAUUACUAGUUGUAGGGAAAAAUCGAGAUCACUUUUCUGUAGUACAACAUGCAUGUUGCAUCAAAUUCUGAGGUGUAUUUUGACCUAUCUCUACCUGGUAAGAUUUUUGUGUGGACUUACAAUUUUUGGGUUUUUUUUUUUCUUUUUUAAAGAUUAACUUCCCUUAGUUGUUACUGUAAAAAACUUACAUUGUAACCACUUUUCUGUGGUACAACAUAGAUGUUACUUUUAAAAUUUAGGUGUAUUUUAAGGUAUCUCUACCUGGUAAGGAGUUUUUUUGUGGAUUAAGAAAAACAAAAGAAUUACAAUAAUUACUAAAAACAUUGUAAACAACCCCAAAAUUAAAAUUCCAUUUGCAAAUACAGGUGCUAGUGUAAAGAAAUUUGCUAUGAUGGGCGUAUAUUGUGACAUUCUGGCACUCUUGCUUAUUCUUCAUAACACUUGGUCACAAUGUUUGGUAUCAUGAAGCCUUUUAUUGUUUGGAAUCUCAGUCAUGUAAAAAACUAGGUCACCUGACCAAAUCGAAGAAAAAAAAAACAUUCUGGAGGCCACAUUUUUGCUCCAAUCUUGAUCAGAAUGUUUCUCCUUAAAAAAACUCAGAUGAGUUUGAAACUGGGUCAUGUGGUUUCAAAAACUGGGUUUCUGUAUCUAACAUGUUUACACUGUUAUGGUGUGUUGCGCUGGUGAGUGACCUAGGGCCAUCUUGGCCAUCUGGUUCAUAUGUUAUGUUACCUGGUCAGGUAUCAAAUACACAGCAUUUUAGAUUGUUGUUGUUUGUUCAUAAACAGUUCAUUUUUACAGAAUCUGUUUUCAUUUUUUAGUUUCCAAAUAUUGCAAUAAAGGUAAUACAAUGUAAAUACUUGAGAAAUCCAAAACAAUACAAUGUCAAUUUGCUCAUGUUUAUUUAAUCUUGUAUAUAUAUUGUUACUUUAUCAUAUGGAAUACUAAAAAAUAAAUAAUAAA